AUGGAGAGUGAAAUGGCUCAUGAAGUUUCUGCAAGUGGUUCUAGGGUUGUAAAUAUCUUAGAACCAACUGAAAAUUUUCCUUCAAUUACCUUAAUUGAUGAUAAUGGUGAAAACAGGUAUGAUUCAUGGAAAUUUUCAUUAAUAGGUAGAUUGGAUUUUCUUCGAAUUAAAUUUGUUGAUUCAAUGGGUAUUCUGAAAAAUCAGUGGAAGUUAUCAGGUGAAUGUCAAUUAAUAUCUUUAGGUAAAGGUUUUUUCAUAAUUAAGUUACCAAAUAAAGAGGAAAAAAAUUACAUCAGAAAUUAUAGAUGGGAUGUUCAGGAUCAGGUUUUAAGAACUCGAGAUUGGAUUUCUAAUUUUAGACCUGAGAAUCAAAGGACUUCUCAUGCUUUGGUUUGGGUUUCUCUUCCAGGUUUAACUUUAGAAUAUUGGGAUGAGAAAACCUUAUUCACAAUUUGUGAUGAAAUUGGUAAUCCUAUCAAAGUUGAUGAAGAUACUCUCAAGUAUUCAAGUGGAUAUGCUGCAAAAGUAUUGGUUGAAUUAGAUCUUGUAAAACCAAUUUCAAACAAGUUAUGGAUUAUAAUUAAAUUUGGUAUUUUCUCACAAGGUAUUGUGCUCAAUAAACUUCCAAAAUUUUGCUCAAACUGUAAAAUUGUUGGUCAUUUAUUAUCUGAGUGUAGAUUUAAGAAGACUCCAAAUAUGGAACAUCGCACUGAUUCUUCUGCUAGAAGUAGUGAAAACUUAACUGCUAGUCCUCAGGUGAAUAAAAUUCAAGAACCCUUUGAUAUUUUUCCACCUCCAAUAGUGCCUGAUAUUGGUGGUCCUCAGUCAGAAAAUGAGAUUCUUAUUACAAAUGAAAGAUUUAAUUCUUUACAAGAUGAUGAAAUGAUUUUGGAGGACAAUAGUGUGGAGAGGAAGACACAGGACAUUCUUACUCCUACAAAAAUUCUUCAAAUGGUAUUGGAUAAUUCUAUAGAAAAAAGUGUGGUUAAAUUCAUCAAUGGAAAGGAUGGUAUUGUAUCUUCUGAAAGGGUUUCCUGUUACUUCUUGGUCCAGAGUGGUUCAAAAACCUUCAACAACAAUUACUUUUACUAG